GGAAAAUGUAUCGAACUUGUGUUGAUCCCGCUCUUGAUAUCUUGAAACUUGUUCAUGAUGAUCUUUCCCACUAUCCUUCUGACUUGAGGAAACUCAUUAAGGGCGAACAUUAGAGGAGUUUAAAAUGCAAUUUGAAGCUGCAACAGAAGGAGAAAAGGUCACAAAGUUGGAGCUGAUGAGCUUUCAUUUAAGGACGCUAAUUCAGGAACAUAAGUCCCAAACUAGGGAGAUGUGCAUUUUUGUACUAGAUGGUGCAUUCAAACAUAAGUCCUCUUCCCAACUGGAGGAGUCGUUUCAAAACUAUGGAGGUGAGACAAUGUUUUUCAUGGUUUUUAUCCAAAAGAAUCUUGAAGCUCUUGGUUCAAAUCUUGAUCUGAGCGCUCUAGUCAAGCAACAAAUUGCCUCAGUUGACUGCAAACUCGGCCUUUUUCGAACAUUUGUUUGGGAAAUUAGCAAUGUUCCUUCAAAGUAUGAAGGAGCUUUUAUAGGUUGCAUGGUGUUACGCCUUUGGAUUGCUGAAGGUUUUGUGAAGGCAAAUGAGAUGCAGUGUUUAGAACAUUUAGCAAGAGAGUACUUGGAUUAUCUUGUCUCUCAAAAUUUAGUUCUUGCCACUGAAAGAGGUUCAAUGGGACAGAUAAAGUUCUGCAAUGUUCAUGAUCUCCUGUAUGACUUGUGCUUUCAGAAGGCUAUGGAAGAUAAUAUCUUGCAUUUGAUAGACCCUAUGAAUGUUAUAGAUGAAACAUGCACCACCAUUGGCUUUGCAUUCGCGGCAGCGAUCCAGCUUUCAGCAGCCAAGCAUCCAAUUCAACCAUGA